AUUAAGAAAGGAGCAUCAUGCUUCGUUUCGUCGUUCGCGACAAAUUCAUCGUCUGCGACAAUCUCGAGAAAUGUCUAAAUGCUUUGGGAGGCAUACGUGACAUUUGCAGCGUUGCUACGUUAUCGAGGGUCAAGGAGAGACUUAUUGUUAGUGGUAGUUCGACGUCGCGUUCGAAUUGUUUGAUCGAUUCCACGAUACCUCAUGCAGCUGUCGAAACGACACGCCGGGAAAAUCGUCGGCUGUCAUCAACGUCGGUUAUCAAAGAAGCUCGCAAGACCUGUCUUUAUGAUCUUCAUGUGGAAAAGCAAGGCAAAAUCGUCAAUUUUGCCGGAUGGUUACUGUCGGUACAGUAUCGAGAGGCGAUCGCAGUGUCUCAUCUGCACACCAGAUCGUUAGCAUCGCUCUUUGAUGUUGGUCACAUGCUGCAGACGUGCGUUUCUGGCAAAGACGCCGGAGAAUAUUUGGAAUCGCUAACCACGUGUGACCUCAAAAAUUUAAGCAGAGGUGCCGCGACUUUGACAGUCUUCACCAACGAUAAGGGUGGAAUUUUAGACGAUCUCAUUAUCACCAAAGACGAUGAAGACAAAUACUUUGUCAUAUCUAACGCAGGAAGACGGGAGGAAGAUAGUCGACUUCUUUUGGAGCGUCAAGAUGAUUUCAAAAAGGUUGGUAAAGACGUGUAUAUUGAUUUUUUGGAUCCCCUGGAGCAAGGGCUCAUAGCUCUUCAAGGUCCUACAGCGGAAAUGGUCCUCCAAUCAUUGGUAAAGAUCGAUCUUCGAAGCCUAAAAUUUAUGAAUAGUGUCAAAACUGAAGUAUCAGGCAGUCGCAUUAGAAUCUCGCGAUGUGGAUACACCGGAGAGGACGGAUUUGAAAUCUCGGUACCUGCGAAUGACGCGAUUAAUCUAGUCGAAAGGAUUUUAGAGAUUCCUGACGUGAAGCUGGCCGGUUUAGGCGCCAGAGAUAGCCUAAGAUUGGAGGCUGGACUUUGUCUGUACGGUCACGAUAUCAACGAGGAUACCACACCAAUUGAAGCUGCCCUUACAUGGCUAGUCGCGAAACGACGAAGGGUAGAGGCGAACUUUCCAGGCGCACAGCGAAUACUUUCGCAGAUCAAGACAGGCACGACGAAGAAACGUGUUGGGCUCUUAUUGGGUCAAGGACCACCUGCCAGGGAAGGCGCGCCCAUAUUAACGCCGGAAGGUGAGCGAGUGGGCAGCGUCACUUCCGGUGGACCAAGUCCGACCUUGGGUCGGCCGAUCGCUAUGGGAUAUAUGCCACCGGAUUUAGCGCAAUAUGGUGGCGGAAUAUUGGUCGAAGUUCGAGGGAAAACGUAUAAGGGUACCGUAACAAGAAUGCCCUUUGUGAAAACGAAGUAUUACACUGCAAAGUGAUACUGAUUUCACAACUAAAAUUGACUGAUUUUAGGCAAUAUUGCGAAAUAAUUAAUUGACAGUGACGAAUCGUUUAUAUUAUAUAAGUAUAUGAACAAUUGAUUCGUUUGCUGACAAGAAUAAAUUGC